AACAUCCUGAUUUCAGGUAUAAUAAUGAAAAUAGUCCCGUUUUUUCUCACUAUUUUACUGACAACAUGAAUACGGUCUCUGUGAUAAUUAUGUGCGUGAUUUACGUCUUACUUCCUACAGACGCUUUGGAAAAUGAGCAGACUUGUUCCAGAUUUCCAUAUGAGGAACAGAUGUUAGGAAAAGUCAUGAAAGUUGAAGCGAAAAUGGAACAAUGGGACAAAGAGAUGAAAAGAUUCGAGGAAGUUAUCUUAUCUGUCUUAGAGCAUCGUAGAGAGGAAACAGAAAGACAACUGGAGAAAUUUUCUGAGGAAAACAAAAAACUACGCGACGAAAUAAAAAACAAAACUAAAGAUGAAGACUCGGGAAAUCCAGUUAUCGCAUUCAAUGCAUACACAAAUGUCAGUGGAAAUUACCAUAUGAGCCAGGUUGUCAUAUUUCAUCAUGUCCUGCUAAAUGAAGGAGGAGGAUAUAAUGAGACAACUGGAAAGUUUACUGCACCAGUCGCUGGUCUUUAUCACUUCACAGUUCAUGUAUGCAAUCAGUUAAAGAAACCUACUGUAUUUUCUAUUAUGCAUGGAACAAACACAAUUGCUGUUAGCACAGAAUAUGAGGAUAGCCAUAGCAGCUGCAGUUCCCUCAGUGCACCGGUUAUAAUGGAAGCUAUGGAGCAAGUGUACGUUACGUCUUCGUUAAGCGAAAACUACAUAAUGUUUAAUAUACAUCGCUGGCCAUCGUUUAUGGGUGUUUUAGUGCAGCGUCGUCAAUAAGACAGUGACCAACUUUCUUGAAAGAUUCUAUUACUAAAUAUUUGAUUUUAAUCCAGAUAUUUCUACCUAAAACUAUUUGUACACGUACAGCUGCUAUCACAAUUAAAUAUUAAUUAGUAAAGUAUGUUUAUUAAAAACUCUUUUAAUGUUAUUAAAUAUUCUGUGUUAACUUAUACAUUUAUAAGUGUGCAGGGUUUUGAACUGAUAUACACAAAACAGUUGUACUGUUUGGUUUGGCACACAAUUACUUUGUUUACACAGAUGCUUUUAGUAAUUGUUUAUAUACUCACAUCUGAAACUAAGGUAAAGAAGUUUAUAUUGUAAGAAUGGUUGUUUAAAUGUUUUGAAUGUAUUGUUAGAAUACACUUUAUAGAUAUCGAUUUGAAAUAACUUUUGUACUCGAUCUGUAUUCAAUUCCGUACUUUUGUUAGACAAUGUUUUGUUAUUUCGCUGACUCUAUAAGAUAUACAUGUAAACGUGAAAAGUGACAAUGGAUCGUCUACACCUUUACGAGUGUGCAAGGUUGUGACCUGAUACACACAAUACAGUGAUACUAUUUGCUUACGCAUUUGUUUACGCACAUAACUGUUUUGUUUAAAUAUGUGAAGUGCAAUGUACCUAAUAGUAUGUAAUUUAACACAUUAAACUGUCACAUGCAUUUUCACUUUCAUACAACUCUGUCCUUCGUCAUAACUCUUCUGCAAUUGUGUUGUGUCUUGGUACUGUAUUAUAAGCUUCAUUAAACUUAAUUGUUUA